AUGGAUGUUCAAAGCCUGUUCAAUGUCAAGGGCAAAGUUGUCCUGGUCACCGGCGGAGCAAAAGGCAUCGGACGAAUGAUCACGGAAGGAUACAUAACCAAUGGCGCCACAGUCUACAUCUCGUCCCGCGACGCAAAGGCAUGCGAGCAGGCAGUCGGGGAGCUCAAUGCGCUGGGCAAGGGUAAAGCCCAUGCCAUCCCGGCUGAUUUCUACAAGGAAGAAGAUAUCAAAAGGCUCGCCGAGGAGCUCGGAAAGCGCGAGAGCAAACUGCAUGUGCUCGUGAACAACUCUGGAUCAAACUGGGGCGCUCCCUACGACGAAUACCCAUCCUCGGCAUGGACCAGGGUGCUGACUCUCAACCUGCAACGCGUCUUUGACCUUACCAAAUUGGUGACGCCGUUGCUUGAAAAGGGCGCCAGCGAAGGCGACCCAUCCCGAAUCAUCAACAUUGGCUCGGUGGAUGGACUGCGAGUGCCUGCUCUGGAGACGUUUGCCUACUCUGCAUCCAAGGCCGGGUUGCACCACUUGAGCCGAGUGCUAGCGAACCACUUGGGAAAGAGAAACAUCACAUCAAACACCCUCGCAUGCGGUCCGUUCCGAAGCAAGAUGAUGGCAGCGACAUUGCGAGAUAUGGAGGAAGUGAUUGUAUCUGGCAUUCCACUCAGUCGAAUCGGUACGCCGGAAGACGUGGCUGGCGCCUGUCUUUUCCUGAGCAGUCGGGCAGGGUCAGAGCAUCGACUUGCCGGCUGGAAGAACGGUGUUGAGCAGAGCAAGAUCCACGAAGCUUGUGAGUCGAAAAACGCAGCUCUCAAACCACCACUACUCUCCCCGCUAAGCUUCACCGGUUGGAGAUCCCGCGGGGCCCUUAUUAUGACUUCGCAAAAUCGGCUUGAACGCUCUGUUUCUAUCGUGUCCGACCCUUUCUCUGAUCCCGAUGUCUACUAUGGCGAGGAUGACGCGCGUAACCGCCUUUCGCACCGGCGCACUUUUUCCGCUGACAUGAGAUCGGUGAAUCGGGAGGACAUCAAAGAGUUUCUGGGGAAAUUGCCUGCGCGGAGAGGCAGUCAUGAUGAGUCGUCGCAGACUCCCCGCAAGUUCCUGGUCGAUGUCGAUGCUACAAUAGCCACGCUCUUGGAAAGAGAGGACACAGACCGGAAUUUGGAAAUUACUAUCGAGGAUGUGGGACCAAAGACGAUGUCUCUAGGUACAGCUGGAUCCCAUGGAUACAACAAGUUCGACGUUCGCGGUACUUAUAUGCUGUCGAACCUGCUCCAGGAGCUGACAGUCGCCCGAGGCUAUGGCCGGAAGCGCAUCGUGCUCGAUGAACAGCGACUGAGCGAAAACCCAGUGAACCGUCUAUCACGAUUCAUCAAGAAGAUGUUCUGGAAUGCGUUGACCCGCCGGAUUGACGGUUCUAAUAUUGCAGUCGCUGGGUUGGACCCAAAGGACUGGACUGGAGAUCCUCGCCCGCGUAUAUACAUCCCGGCUGGAGCGCCGGAACAGUUUGAGUACUACACCCGGAUUGCCGAAGAACACCCCGAGAUUGGGUUGGAUGUUCAGAGGCUGGAAACACCAAUUACCCCUGAAUAUGUCAAGAACUUGAACCUCAAACCAGGCCUUUUGGCUUGUGCAAUGGAGGAGUUCACCAAUCCGGAGACGGGGAAGAAAGACCUUCGGGGUGUUCCAUUCGUUGUUCCCGGCGGCCGCUUCAAUGAGCUCUAUGGCUGGGAUAGUUACAUGGAAUCUCUCGGGUUGAUUGUCAGUGACCGAGUUGAUCUUGCAAAAGCCAUGGUGGUAAACUUCUGUUUCUGCGUCAAGCACUAUGGCAAGAUCCUCAAUGCUACUCGAUCCUACUAUUUGCUUCGGUCUCAGCCUCCCUUCCUUACAGACAUGGCUUUGCGAGUCUACGAUAAAAUUAAGUCGGAACCGGAUGCGCUAGAAUUCUUGCGCAACGCCAUCCUCGCAGCUAUCAAGGAAUACUACAGUAUCUGGACAGCAGAACCUCGAUAUGACCCAGUCACUGGCCUCUCGCGUUACCGUCCAGAGGGUCUAGGUGUCCCCCCGGAGACUGAAGCAUCCCACUUCCUGCACCUUCUCACACCUUAUGCAGAGAAGUAUGGCAUGACAUUUAAAGAGUUUGUUACGGCCUACAAUGAUGGGGUGGUCAAAGAACCCGAACUUGACGAAUAUUUUGAGCAUGACCGUUCCGUGCGCGAGUCUGGCCAUGAUACAUCGUACCGACUUGAAAGGAUCUGUGCGAACCUGGCCACUGUGGAUCUCAACUCUUUGCUAUACAAGUACGAGGUGGAUAUCUCACGCUCAAUUCGUACGUAUUUCAAGGAUAAGCUCGACAUCCCGCACGAGUUCCGUACUGCUCAAAGCGAGAAAAUCGAAUUUGAGACAUCUGCCGUUUGGGAUCGCCGCGCUCGGAAGAGAAAGAUGACUAUGGACAAGCUGCUCUGGGACGAGGAAAAGGGUAUGUUCAUGGACUACGAUACAGUCUCACAUGAACGCAAAACGUACGAAAGCGCCACAACUUUCUGGGCCAUGUGGGCCGGUAUAGCCACCCCUGCUCAAGCUGCCAAACUGGUCAAGCUAGCCCUCCCCAAACUUGAGGAAUAUGGCGGUCUCGUUUCAGGAACAAAAGAGUCUCGCGGCGAGAUCAGCUUGACGCGUCCCAAUCGUCAAUGGGACUAUCCGUACGGGUGGGCACCGCAGCAAAUGCUUGCUUGGACUGGUCUGUUGCGGUAUGGGUAUCAGGAAGAGGCCGAGAGACUGGCUUACAAGUGGCUGUACAUGAUCACCAAAGCCUUUGUCGACUUCAACGGUAUCGUGGUGGAAAAGUACGAUGUAACCCGUCCAAUCGACCCUCAUCGAGUCGAGGCGGAGUAUGGCAAUCAAGGCUCAAGCCAGACAGGGUUUGGAUGGGUCAAUGCCAGUUUUGUGUAUGGGCUUGACAUUCUCAAUGCCCACCAGAGACGAGCACUUGGUGCGGUUACGCCCUAUGAGACGUAUAGCAAAGCUGUUGACCAGCAGUUCCCAUACUAA